UCAAUUCCAAUGGUAAUUUCUUUCAGGUUCUGCAUUUGGAAACUUGCUUCCAGAAGUGUCUAGCUAGACUGGUUGCUUCAGAGUUGAAAGCUUGUGUUUGAUUUUAAUUCUCUAUUUCUGAAGCCAGCUUGGCAACGUUGCCAGAAGUUCACCCCCACCAAUCUUGCAUUUCAACCUCCACCAUCUUAAAAAAUAGUUCAAAUGCCUAAUGCUUUGCCAGAGGCGAAUGCCCCGAAGACAAAGCUCCAGAUCGACUUUGAUACCUCUGUCUUCAAGAAGAAGAAGAUUAGCCUCGCCAUACACAUUGAGCUUUUCUAUGGCCACUCUUUGGAUGCUUUCACCUUAGUUUUCUGCAAAACUUGGUUUCUAGAUGCUGCUAUUGGCACUGAAUUGAAUGAGAUUCAGGUGGUUAAUCAAAAGUGACUCAGACAUUGCUAAAGCAUCAACGCUUCUUAUAGCAUGUAUACUUUCUAGGAGUUUGAUCUUUGGUUGAUUUCAUAGCAUUCAUUUUCACUCAGUAUACAGCUCUUGAAAAGAUGUGUUUUUUAUGCAGGUAAAAACAUAUAUGUUAUUGGCAACGCCGAGAUAAAGCCUUCGACAUUAAGACAUGAGUUACCGUUUUGAUAUUCAGAAACAGACACAUAGAAAAUCAAAAUAAAAACGUUAUAUAGAGAGAUAGACAGACCAAGUUUGAGAAGAAGAAGCCAUUUGAAGAAAAAAAUGAGUGGAGGAGGGGUUGAAGAAGGCAACAAUUUGGAAUUCACUCCCACAUGGGUUGUGGCGCUGGUUUGCUCCAUCAUCGUUGCUGUUUCUCUCGCCGCGGAGCGUUUACUUCAUUAUGGUGGCAAGUUUCUCAAGAGGAAGAAUCAGAAGCCACUCUAUGAAGCUUUGGAGAAAAUCAAAGAAGAGUUGAUGCUGUUGGGUUUUAUUUCUCUACUUCUGACGGUAACACAGAAUGGGAUCAUCAAAAUCUGUGUUCCGGAGAGUUGGACUCAUCAUAUGCUUCCUUGUAGCCUUGAGGAUAAAGAAGAAUCUGAAGGAUCAAAAACACCCACUGAACAUUUUCAGACAUUUUUCUCUUUUUCUGGUGUUUCCGGCACGGCGAGGCGCCUUCUAGAUGAGAAUCAACAUGCAACUGAGGCAAAACCUGGGUAUUGCGCUGCCAAGGGUAAGGUGCCCCUGUUAUCCACGGAAGGGCUGCAUCAUCUUCACAUCUUUAUUUUUGUCCUGGCUGUUGUUCAUGUGACCUUUUGUGUUCUGACUGUUGUUUUUGGAGGAUUAAGAAUACGUCAGUGGAAGCACUGGGAGGAAAAAAUUGCACAAGAAAAUGCUGAUGAAUUAGAGCGAGGUCCUGAACCGACAGUGACUCAUGUUCAUCAGCAUGCUUUUAUCCAGAAUCGUUUCUCUGGUUUUGGCAAAGAUUAUACUCUAAUGGGUUGGUUGAAAUCAUUUUUUAAGCAAUUCUAUGGAUCAGUGACAAAGUUAGAUUAUGUGACAUUAAGGCUUGGUUUCAUCAUGACCCACUGCAGGGGAAAUCCAAAGUUUAAUUUUCACAAAUACAUGAUUCGUGCACUUGAGGAUGAUUUCAAAAAAGUUGUUGGUAUAAGUUGGUAUCUUUGGGUGUUUGUAAUCAUCUUCUUGUUGCUUAAUAUCAAUGGUUGGCACACAUAUUUCUGGAUUGCUUUCAUUCCUGUCAUUCUUCUACUUGCUGUGGGCACUAAGCUUGAGCAUGUGAUAAUGCAAUUAGCUCAUGAAGUAGCUGAAAAGCAUUCAGCCAUAGAAGGUGAACUAGUUGUUCAACCAUCAGAUGAUCACUUCUGGUUUCAUCGCCCCCACAUUGUCCUCUUCUUGAUUCACCUUAUCCUCUUCCAAAAUGCUUUUGAAAUAUCAUUCUUUUUCUGGAUUUGGGUCACAUAUGGAUUUGAUUCCUGCAUAAUGGGACAAGUCCGUUUCAUUAUUCCAAGGCUCAUUAUUGGGGUGUUUAUUCAGGUACUUUGUAGUUACAGUACCCUGCCACUGUAUGCAAUCGUUGCACAGAUGGGAAGUCACUUUAAGAAGGCAAUAUUUGAUGAACAAGUGCAAGCAAGGCUUGUUGGUUGGGCACAAAAGGCAAAGAAGAAAGGAGUCAGAGGAGAAAGCCAAUCAGGGCAAGGAAGUUCUCAUGGAAAUAAUGGAAUUCAGCUAGGCUCAAUGUUCAGAUCAAGGCCAUCUGCCCCAGUAGACAAUACCAUUAUCCCCAUAGAUGACACCCCCAAAUGAGUGCAACGAGUAAACAAUGUUAUGUAUAACCAUUAUAUAGUAUAGCUGGUUUUACCUUGAUGUCAAAUAUUUGAAUAAUUGGGCAUAACUUAGUAAUGAAAACAAAUUUUGAAUGAGAAUGAGGGCUAAAAUGUUACCACCAGGGCAUGUCUUCAGUGUCAUAAAAGUAAAUACUCGGUCAACUUUUGUGAGUACCAAAUAUUUGAAGGGUUUUUGUUUUAUUUACA